UCGCUUGCUUUUGUUUUCCCCCUCGUCACCUCCAUUGGCACAGUACAAUCAUUGUCAUCUUCCCCUGCUCGCCCCGAAGCUUCUGCCCCUCCUCACCUGCACGUUCCCUCGGGUCCCCACCUUCCCCGCGAAGUAACCACCAGCAGAGGCCGGUCCGCACGCCGCAUCUAGGUCUACGCGGCCGGUACAGUCUCCCCCUCCUGCCCCCACACCCUCCUCGUCGCCGGAUGAUCGCCGCCGGCACCGGCUCGAUGGGCUGCGCCGCGACUCCGGCCUCCGGGGCCCAGCCCUCGCGGUGGCCGCGCGCCGUCGCGAGGCUGCGGCUGGCGCUCAGCUCCUCGGAGGCGGCGGCGGGGAGCGGCGGUGGGCGGUGGACGGCGUGCUUCCGGCCGGCGCCGUCGCCGGCCGCGCCGGAGGCGACGGCGGUGAAGGAGGCGAAGGGGAAGCCGCCCGAGGUGGAGGUCGAGCCGGCGCGCGGCGGAGGGGAGGACGUGUGGAGCGCCAGUGCGGACGCGGAGGUGGCGCAGGGCGGGGGGUUCCCCGAGCACCUCGUCAUCAUGGUCAAUGGCCUCGUCGGGAGCGCGGACGAUUGGAAGUUCGCGGCGGAGCAGUUCGUGAGGCGGAUGCCGGACAAGGUGAUCGUGCACCGAAGUCAAUGCAACUCUGCCACUCAGACAUUCGACGGUGUUGACUUAAUGGGUGAAAGGCUUGCGAAUGAGGUUCUAUCGGUUGUAGAGCAAAGAACUGGUGUGAAGAAGAUCUCGUUUGUGGCACACUCUCUUGGUGGUCUUGUUGCCAGAUAUGCUAUAGGAAGGCUUUAUGAACCUAAUAACAGAAGUAAGUUUUCUGCCGGGAAGAGCAGAGAUGACGUUGAACACUUGGAGGGUCUCAUUGCUGGCUUAGAACCUAUGAAUUUUAUAACAUUUGCAUCACCACAUCUGGGUUCAAGUGGAAACAAACAGCUGCCUUUUCUAUGUGGCCUGCCUUUCCUUGAGAGAAGAGCAUCAGAAACUGCACACUUGAUUGUUGGGAGAACUGGAAAGCAUUUGUUCCUUACAGACAAUGAUGAUGGCAGACGGCCGCUCCUCCUUCGAAUGGUUGAUGACUGUGAUGACUUACAAUUCAGAUCUGCGUUGCGCUCCUUCAAACGGCGUGUAGCAUAUGCUAAUGCCAAUUUUGACCAUAUGGUUGGGUGGAGAACAUCAUCAAUCCGGCGUCAGCAUGAGUUGCCGAAACAUUGUCUUCUUGUUCGUGAUGAAAAAUACCCACAUAUUGUCUAUGUUGAAAAGGAAGUUGCAAACAAUAAUGAAACAGAAGCCCAUGCUAAUGUUUAUGACCCAGAAGAGGAGAUGAUAAGAGGCCUUACGCAAGUUCCAUGGGAACGUGUUGAUGUGAGCUUCCAGAAAAGCAGCCAAAGAUUAGUUGCGCAUAACACCAUUCAGGUGAAAAGCUAUUGGCUAAACUCGGAUGGAGCAGACGUGAUCAACCACAUGAUGGACCAUUUCAUCGUCUAGCCCAUGGAACCUACAUUGCGGGUUUGGCGAAUGUCGCUGUCGCAAUUUGUUGAUCAGUGAUCAUUCAAUUUAUUGCCUUGGCCAUUUUUUCCCUCUAGGUUUGCAGUUUUCUGCCCCGGGCAAUGUGGUUGAUUCUUUAGGCCCGUGCGCUGCAGACGCAGAGCAGAGCCCCAGAUUCUAAUCGUCGUCCAUCAGCAACGCUAGCUCGUCCAUCUGUACCAUAAUCUGCCCCCUCCCUUGUAUAAUUGUAUGUAUUGCACAACUGAGCUAGUAAACAGAUGCUGCUGGAAAUAGAUCUCUCCUGUCUGAUUGAUUAUAUUGGCAUGCAAACUGAAACUUGCAAUA